AGUUGGUGCGAAAGAUCCGGGUAGAAAGCUGCGGAGAUAACAUCAAAUCAAAUCAGAUAAAAACUAAACACACACACAUAUAUAUACUCUGUAUGUAUAGUUGUUAUCGACACUCAAUAACACUUCUUAACAAAUCUAAAUCUAAAAUAGCAGCAGCAGCCUAUAUAUAUACGCCACCUGCGUGUCAUUUUCCAUCACAGUUGCUUUGCUUGUUAAUACAUCUUAUCCUCAUCAGUUUAAUCAUCAUCAUCGUUAUUUAAUUAGCUGCCCUCCUUUUCCUACUAAUUAAGCAAUAAAAGAAAAAAGAGAAAUAAAUAUAGAGAUUAAUUUGAAAAAGGCAUGGAGUCUUAUUCAGUGAUGAUGAUUCGAAUACGAGAUUCUGUGAAUUCAUAUUUAUCAGAAUUCGAACCUCUAGUUCUUGUUGUUGCACCUUUUUUAACGCUUUUUAUUGCUCGGGUUUUGCAAUCCUUAAUUCAAGUUUUUCAAGAUAAAGGAUUUAAAUCCACUUUUAUUGGAUUCUUCAUGUCGCUCUUCAAGUUGGUGCCUGGUGUGAAGAAGUAUAUUGAUGCUGAGAAACAAAAGGUGGUUGACCAAUUACAAUCAUCUGGUAAAUCUCAAAGGGAUGGUUGGAAAACCGAGCUACCAAGGACAGGACUAGGAGGUGCGGUUAUAGAGCAAAUGAAAGAAGAGAAACACAAGGAUCCAGCUUGGCAAGGCAAAUGUUCUGGUACAGUAUAUAUUGGAGGAAACGAAUCUGAGGGUCAUUUUUCUUUAAUAAACGAAGCAUGUUCAAUGUUUGCACAUACCAACCCAUUACAUCUAGAUGUAUUCCGAAGUGUUGUUAAAUUUGAGGCAGAAGUGGUUGCCAUGACGGGUGCUCUUUUUGGAAGUAAAGAGAAGGCAUCUGGUGGACAAAUAUGUGGCAACAUGACUUCAGGAGGAACAGAAAGUAUAUUGUUGGCUGUGAAAUCAUCACGUGAUUACAUGAGGGCGAAAAAGAACAUCACAUGUCCAGAAAUGAUAAUCCCUGAAUCUGCACACUCGGCUUAUGACAAGGCUGCCCAGUAUUUCAAAAUUAAGCUGUGGCGUGUUCCCGUGAAUAAGGAAUUUCAGGCAGAUGUGAAAGCUAUCAGGAAAUAUAUCAACAAGAACACCAUAAUGAUUGUUGGAUCGGCACCUGGUUUUCCACAUGGAAUCAUUGACCCAAUUGAGGAGCUCGGUGAAUUGGCAUUCAGUUAUGGGAUCUGUCUGCAUGUAGAUCUUUGUCUUGGUGGUUUUGUGCUGCCUUUUGCACGCAAACUUGGGUAUCCAAUUCCACCAUUUGAUUUUUCUGUUCAAGGAGUGACAUCUAUAUCAGCAGAUGUGCACAAGUAUGGGUUGGCACCCAAAGGGACUAGUAUAGUUUUAUACAGAAACCAUGACAUUCGGAAGCAUCAAUUUGUUGCCGUUACCGAGUGGACUGGUGGUCUCUAUGUGUCUCCAACAAUUGCUGGUAGCCGACCUGGAAGUCUGAUUGCAGGGGCUUGGGCAGCCAUGGUUUCUUUAGGUCAAGAAGGUUACCUUGAGUACACGAAGGAAAUAAUGGAAGCUUCAAAGAGGUUACAGAAGGGAGUAAAGGAGAUUCCGGACUUGUUUAUUGUUGGAAGGCCAGAUAUGACUAUUGUGGCUCUCGCCUCUAAUGUGGUCGACAUAUUUGAAGUAAAUGACCAACUGUCCUCUAAAGGCUGGCAUUUAAAUCCCUUGCAGAGGCCUAAUAGCAUUCAUAUAUGUGUGACCCUUCAACAUGUAUCCAUUGUUGAUGACUUCCUGAAAGAUCUUAAAGAUUCAGUUGAAAUUGUGAAAGCAAAUCCGGGGCCAGUAAAUGGAGGACUUGCACCAAUAUAUGGUGCAGCCGGGAAAAUCCCAGAUAGAGGUAUGGUUAACGAGUUACUUGUGGACUACAUGGACAAUACAUGCUAAUAUUGAUUGGUUGCUCUCAUUCUUUGUCAAACGCUUUCAAAGGAAAGGAUAGGAAAGUAAAUUGUCUUACUGAUUUGUAAACAAUUAUAUUACAAAGAUUGAUGAUGUAAAAGUAAAUUAUUUGAAAAGUCAUCUGUGGCUGAUCUUCAUUGGCAUUUCGGGGCUGAGCUCAUAUAUAUUUGCAGUAUAUGAACAGAUGACAGGACACGCUUGUUGUAAAGUCUUGGUGAUUUGUAUAGCGUCGUUUAUUGAUA